UGAUAGCCAUGACAACGGAACGUUUUCUCGCGACAUGGAGACCUGCCCGUGAGUAACAGUGAUACGAAUAGUGACUGUUGUUCUUCGCCUUCCAUGGAUCGGGAGAAAAGCGAGACCGAGGCGGCAGGGAACUGCACGGGCCGCAGCCGCGGGGCUCGCACGCCGGUGAUGGCCACAGCCGCUUCCUCCUCCUCCUCCUCCUCCUCCGCCAAUUUCAACCCCGGGGAUCUCUGCUCGGAUCCACCGCCGCCGCUUCGCCUCUCGCGCGAACAGCACGAGCUUUGUUCCGAAGCCCUAGCUUUCCUCAAGAGGAGGCUCAGAACCCCAGCCAAAAUCGCCCAGGCGUUCGAUCGCCUCCAGGAGAUGAGGCUAACGAAGGAUGAGAUGAUGAGAAAGUGUUCGGUGGCUCUGCGAGAUGCAAAUUUGGGGAAAAAUCGCUACAUGGAUGUCCUCCCAUUUGAUAAUAACAGGAUUAUUCUUGACUCUACAAAAGGCAACACCUCCUCGGCGAAUGGUUACAUUAAUGCGAGCUUUAUUGGGAUUGGUACGGGUGAGAAAGUUUCACGGUUUAUUGCUACACAAGGUCCGCUUCCUGAGACCUCUGGAGAUUUCUGGGAGAUGGUAUUCCAACACCGUUGUCCUGUGAUCGUGAUGCUAACGCUUGUUGAUAACCCCAAGAUGAUGAGGAAAUGUGCAGAUUAUUUUCAAGCAGAUGAUGGUCUUAGAGGAUUUGGAAAAAUCAGUGUUGAGACGAAAUAUACAAGAAUCUGUGCUUCUUCAUUAGUGCUGCGAUGCUUGGAAGUGAAGCAUAAAGAGCUGGUGAAGCCAACUCUUCCUGUUCUCCAUAUCCAGUACCCUGAAUGGCCUGAUCAUGGGGUGCCUGCAGAUACUGCAUCAGUGCGAGAAAUUUUAAAAAGGAUAUAUCACGUUCCACCCAGUAUUGGUCCUAUUGUUGUGCAUUGCAGUGCAGGGAUUGGAAGAACUGGUGCAUACUGUACCAUUCACAACACGAUCCAAAGGGUUCUUGUUGGUGAUAUGUCUUCUUUAGAUCUUGUGAGAACUGUUGCAGAGUUCAGAUCCCAACGGAUUGGGAUGGUUCAGACAGUGGAACAAUACUUCUUCUGCUAUGCUGCAAUUGUGGACGAACUAGAGGAACUUGUCUCGAAGUCCAAAUACUAGAUGAUCUUGAAGGACAUGUCGAUCGCCAUUUUCUGCUUCAUGUGGGCAGUAGAGCUUGUUGUUCGUAUUGUUAUGUAUCAAGAAUGUUGUCAAGAAGCAGAAGACAUGCAGCAUAGAAACCCUUGAGUUGCCAAUGUAUGUUGAAGAGAGGCUGCGGCACAGGAUUUAAGCACUUCUUUAUGGCUUUCAAGAUGUCACUAUUGGCACACUGUUAAAGUGAAAAAGACUAUCAUGAUGAUGAGAUAACAAAAAAAUUUAGAUAUCAAAUUUUUUUGAAGCUUAAUGUACCUGACCGCUGGAUCUGUUUGGUCAGUUUGUAUAUCCUCAAGUUCCUAAGUCCAGUGGAUUCUUUGCUGUUGGCAUCUCUUCUGUUAAUGAAUUAUGAGAUUACAUCUA